CGCGCUCGGCGCCCGGCGGCGGAGACCCGGAGAGGCGGGCCGGGUCCCAGCGGCGCGGCCCGCGAGCCUCCGCGGGCCUGGGGGCGGCGGCGCUCGCAGUCUGAGGGGCUCCGGCCCGGCAGCGGCGGUGGCGCCCGCGGCCCCGGAGCGAACCGAGGACCAGGCCGCGAGGCGACAGCGCGGCGCGGCCCCCUCCAGCGGCCGCGCCCAGAGUAAGGCAAGAGAAUGAAAGAAGUAGAUAAUCUCGAAAGUAUAAAAGAAGAAUGGGUUUGUGAAACAGGAUCUGACAACCAACCUCUUAGUGAUGAUCGACAAAGAAAUUGUGAAUAUUUUGUUGACAGCCUUUUUGAGGAAGCUGAGAAGGUUGGUGCCAAAUGCAUGUCUCCCACUGAACAGAAAAAACAGGUGGAUAUAAGUAUAAAAUUAUGGAAAAAUGGAUUCACAGUCAAUGAUGAUUUCAGAAGUUACUCUGAUGGUGCAAGUCAGCAGUUUCUGAACUCCAUCAAAAAAGGGGAGUUACCUUUGGAAUUACAGGGAAUUUUUGAUAAAGAGGAGGUGGAUGUUAAAGUUGAAGACAAAAAAAAUGAAGUAUGUAUGUCAACGAAGCCUGUAUUCCAGCCCUUCUCAGGACAGGGUCACAGACUAGGAAGUGCCACACCAAAAAUUGUUUCUAAGGCAAAGAGUAUCGAAGUUGAGAAUAAAAAUAAUUUAUCCGUUCAACUAAACAAUCUGGAACCCAUCACUAAUGUACAGAUCUGGUUAGCCAAUGGAAAAAGGAUUGUCCAGAAAUUUAACAUUUCUCACAGGAUAAGCCACAUCAAAGACUUCAUCGAAAAAUACCAAGGAUCUCAAAGAAGUCCUCCCUUUUCCCUGGCCACAGCUCUUCCUUUCCUCAAAUUGCUAGAUGAAACACUCACAUUGGAAGAAGCAGAAUUACAGAAUGCUGUAAUCAUUCAGAGACUCCAAAAAACCGCUGAACCUUUUAGAGAACUUUCAUAACAUUGAUUUUUGAUACACUGAGUGGAAAGUUUGUAGAGAAAUGAUGGUUGUAAAUGAACAUCCAAACCAAAAUGAGGGAAAGGAAGUGAGAUUCACUGGACUUUUGGUUCGAGCACUAUUUAACUCCCUCCUGAUGAGAAGAUUUUUAAAUAAGUACAAGUUAGGAAAGUGAACCAUGACUGGAAACUAUAUUCAGUGCACUUUUCCCAAAAAGCUGCUCAGAAAGAAAACUACACUUAUUUUCAAAUACCAGUUAGUUAUUCAACAAUAACGUAUAUUAAAUCACUAUAUAUCGUAUAGAAUCUUAAUGUGUAUAAAUUAGCAAAUGUAAUCACGGCACCAUUCAUUCAGAUACUCCCAAACAGCAGCGGUAUGUUCAGAUGUUAGCUGUCUCAGAUUUUUGAAAUGACAAUAUAUUAAGAAAUUUACAUGGCAGGUUAAAACAUCAGUGUAAUGAUUUUACACUGAGAUACAGUCAGAAGGCUGGAAGGAACUGCUUUCACCAGAGCUAUGCCUGAACCUCAAAAUGUUCUCAAUUUUUACUUUCUAAUGGUGAAAUAUACUCAUUUGGCACAGUAUCUAAAAUGUAUUUUAAGAAUAAAACUGCAGCUUAGUAUAAUGUCAGUAUUAAUCUGCCUACUCACAUUUUGACAUUUUCAAGAAGUGUAAUUUUUAAAAAUUUCUUUUCUAUGCAGGAACCCUAGUUCAGCCGUUAUUUUGUUUUCUUUUGAAAAUUAGGGAUUUGUUUUUAGCUAACAUUUUUGAGUUAGCCUUUCAUUUGCUACCACUCACUUAGAAUCUAAUGCUUGUGUUGACACAUUGCUAUUUAAUAUUUUUUAACUGCAUCAGAUAAAGUAUGGCUUUCAAUUCCAUAUAUAUCAGAGCCAACCUGGGUAUAUAUUAAAGGAUUAUUUAUUACAUUCUGAUGCCACUAAGGAAAACAUGUUUUGUAUCUUAGUCUUUUAAUUCAAACUGGUUAGACUUCUAUAUUUCACUGUCAGAUUGAAUUCCCUUGCCUGAAGAUAAGUUUAAGAAGGUUUUUUUGCAAAUUCCCUGUUGAAUCUUAUUUAAAGCAGAAUUUAUAUUGAAUGUGCCAAGGAACUAAGUAGCCAUACCUAUCAGCAGUAAUGUUCACAGGGCACUGGGUAUCUGCUGGAAGAGCAGUUCUCAGACUUUUUGGUCCUGAGACCUUUUGUUUAUGUGGGUUAUAUAUAUGAUACUGAAAAUAAAUUAUAAAAUAUUUAUUCAUUAAAAAUAAUAAGCACGUUAAUAUAAAACCACAUUUUAUUGAAAAUGCAUUUUCUAAAAAAUUCAGUGAGUAAAGUGGCAUUGUAUUCCAUUUUUUGCAACUGUCUUUACCAUCUGACUUAGAGAAGACAGAUGGACUCUUGUAUCUGCUUCAGCUUUCAUUCUGUUGGAUGUUGCACAUCGUGUGGCCUCUGGUAAAUGCUGCUGUAUAUUCACGAGAGAAGUGGGGGCAAAUAAUGUCUUAGUUUGGUUAUGAAAACAGUUUGACUUAGGGACCUCCUGCAAGAACCAUUCUUACAAAGCAGUUUACAGUGAUUCUCGAGUCUUAGUGUAAGAAUCACUAGGGAAACACUUCAGAGUAUCUGUUCCAAGCAUCUGCCACACACAUUCUGAUUCACGGUAUCUGGGAUGGGUCCCAGAUCUCUGCAUUUGCAAGAUCUCAAGUGAUUUUUAGGUAUGUAGUAGAAGAACCAUUCCUUCACUGUGCCUCCACCCUAAGAAAAUAAACCUGCGUGUUUCACCAGGAACAGUGGAAGAAGACUCUCCACUCAAAUGGGACUUCUGGACCUUUUAGGUUUAAUCCUUUCUCUCCCACGGUUGGUUCUUAGACUGUUGCCCUUUAACUCUUAAUCAUGGUAUAAACCUGUACUCCUCUUCUCCAGGCAGCCUCUUCUGAGGCUGGAACAUUUAAAUGAGAUUUUCAUUAGAAGCUCAUGAAUAACGAAAGGGAAAUACACACAACUAGAUGACCCGGUUUGUCAGCUGCUCUUGUGUUCGGGUCCCUAACAAGACUGCUUCCUUUUCUAGCUGCAGCCUUCCAUGUGGUAGAGGCUUAUCUUUUUAUCAGGAAGAGAGGAAGGGCAAAGGAGAGCCUUUUCCUUUUGUCAUUUACUUUCAGAAGUGAACAGAUAACAGAAAGUACUAUCACAAUGUUUACGGCUGUAGUAGAGCCACUCCAGUGAAAUACAACGGUAUUCUUAAAAUGAGGGGAUGGUAAACAUCAGUGAACUCUUUCAGAUAUAAAAAUAUGAUGAUGGUUAAUAUAUUUUUCAAGAGUCUGUAAGAAAAGGUUUCCUAUAGGCCUAUCAUGAAGCUUUGUAUAUUUUAAUUUGCAUAGUCUAUGUGAUUCUCCAUAUAUUUCUGUCAAAGGGCUUCUCAUUGGAAAUACUUUCUCGUACCUAUAAAAAAACCUCCUUCGUGGAUUUUCCAGUUUUUAAUUAUCUAUCCAGAAUAUACAUAGGAGGUUUUCUUGUGUGUACAUGUAAAAUAUACCCCAGUGAGAAAUUCCUAUGGAGAAAGACCCAUCAUCAGCAAUACUUCAUUUCUGUAACUGUGAACACCUUUGUUAAUGUGAAUAAUACUCUCAGAGGUUUUCAAAAUGAGAAUAAUUCGUUAAAGCUUUCUACCUUAAAAAUAGAAAACUGAAAGGUUGUUAAUUCAGUGUGUGGAUUAUGUAAAACAUACUGAUGUUAGAAGAUAUAAAUUGAAUUUGGUGAGGGAAGGCAAACUUGAAAAUAAUCAAAACAUUUUAGGUGUGGAAUACAGUUUGACCUACGUAGUUGUUUCAAAACUCAUCAGUCUCUUGAAAAUCAUUGUUUAGGCUGAUAUAAGAAGUACAUUUCUGGUUUUACAGAUUCUGAUUUAAUAGUUAAAUUAGUAUGCAUUAUGCUGGCUGUAAAACUGGUCUUAUUUUAUUUUAUAGACUUUUUUUUCACUCAGAACACUUUUCCUUAUGUUCAUUGUGUUGAAAAUACGGUAUUAUGCAUCUGUUUCAGUGCCUUAUUUUGAAAGCAAUCUUUGGCUAACAGUUAAAGAAUGUUGUCUUAAGAAUGAAAUAAUAAUUCAUUAAAAGGAUCUGUGAAAUAAUCUACAGUUGUUUCUUACACAGUAGUUGCAUCUGGGUGUAUUUGUUACUUUUAUUUGGCACUGGCAAAGUCAUUCAGUUUGAGAAUCAACAUUUAUUAGGUGCCUUCUGUUUACCAGGUACUUUAAUCGGUGUUGCUUUCAUUUAAUCCUCAGAAAGGUUAAAAUGUGGUAUUUUUAAUAGGUGCGUUUUUUAAAAAACCAUUUGUGUCCUGAGUUGAAUUAGGAUGAAGACUCCUUGGUAGGGUUUACUUCUUUGUUCUUUCUCUAAGUACAAACCAUUUAAUUAAGAAGUUGCUCAUCAUGCUAAUCUUGAGAUAGAAGUGGCUUUUUCAGUAAACUAAUAUCUGGCUCUUUGUCAUUAGCUUUAAGUAUUUUUUUCACAGAUAAUUCAUAUUCUUUGUAGAAAAUUGUAAAAUGCUGAAGUGAUCACUAAAUCACCUAUUUCACCUUUCAAAUAAUGUAACCACUAAUAACA